CACACAUCACGCUUGUUUCCUGGUCGUUGCUAACAACCUGCUGCCUGUAACUUCAUCUGCCCGCCGUCCCCUCAUGCAUUGACGGCUUCCAGCGGCGGGUGUUUUGGGGGAUGUGUGCGGGGAUGAAGCGGCCGUGUCGACGCUGCUGAGGGCGGCCGGACUGGCUGCAUGCUGCUCCGGUUCUCUCUGCCUGCUGUCUGACGCUGGGGGGGUUGCAGUGUGGCCUCCAGCCGCGGCUGCGAUUUAACUUCAUUUCUCAACGUCGCUCUCCUCUGAAAUUAUGUUUAUUUAUUAAGAUGGCGGCGAGAGGAACACUGUAAACUAAAUGACUGUCAGAAACAUCGCCUCCAUUUGUAAUAUGGGCACCAAUGCCUCUGCUCUGGAGAAAGACAUCGGCCCGGAGCAAUUCCCAAUCAAUGAACACUACUUUGGAUUGGUCAAUUUUGGAAACACAUGUUACUGUAACUCGGUGCUCCAGGCGCUGUACUUCUGCCGGCCAUUCCGGGAGAAUGUUCUGGCGUAUAAAGCCCAGCAGAAGAAGAAAGAGAACCUGCUCACAUGCCUGGCCGACCUCUUCCACUCCAUCGCCACGCAGAAGAAGAAAGUGGGCGUCAUCCCACCCAAGAAGUUCAUCUCAAGACUACGGAAAGAGAACGAUCUGUUUGAUAACUACAUGCAGCAGGACGCCCACGAGUUCCUCAACUACCUGUUGAACACGGUGGCCGACAUCCUGCAGGAGGAGAAGAAGCAGGAGAAGCAGAACGGACGCUUGAAGAACAACGGCACCGCCAUCGCUGCGGAGACCGAGACGGAGAACAAGACCACCGAGCCCACGUGGGUCCAUGACAUCUUCCAGGGGACGCUGACCAAUGAGACGCGCUGCCUCAACUGUGAAACAGUGAGCAGCAAAGAUGAGGAUUUUCUGGAUCUUUCUGUGGAUGUGGAGCAGAACACAUCGAUCACACACUGUCUCAGGGACUUCAGCAACACAGAGACUUUGUGCAGUGAAUACAAAUACUACUGUGAGACGUGCUGCAGCAAGCAGGAGGCACAGAAACGGAUGCGUGUGAAGAAGCUCCCCAUGAUCCUGGCUCUCCACCUGAAGAGGUUUAAGUACAUGGAGCAGCUGCACCGCUACACCAAGCUCUCCUAUCGAGUGGUUUUCCCCCUCGAGCUCCGUCUGUUCAACACGUCAGGAGAUGCAGUAAACCUGGAUCGCAUGUACGAUCUUGUGGCUGUGGUGGUGCACUGUGGCAGCGGCCCGAACAGAGGUCAUUACAUCACCAUUGUGAAGAGUCACGGCUUCUGGCUGCUGUUUGAUGAUGACAUCGUGGAGAAAAUUGAUGCCCAGGCCAUCGAGGAGUUUUACGGGCUUACCUCAGAUAUCUCCAAGAACUCCGAGUCAGGAUACAUCCUCUUCUACCAGUCCAGGGAGUGAGCGAGUUGUACCAGAGACGCACACGAGGAGACUGAAUAGGAUGAGACUUUUUUUUUUAAUUUUUUUUUACCUUCAGCCUGACAGACUCCUGACAUUUUUCAUCUCAUCCUGCUCCCAUUCCCAAAGCCCCCCUCCCCCUCCCCCGAAGUAUGUGCCAAUCCUCUGCCUCUCGAUUCCUCUGGGUUUACCUGUCAUUAAUCUCUCUCUCUCUCUCUCUCUCUCUCUCUCUCUCUCUCUCUCUCUCUCUCUCUCUCUGUGUAAUUUGCUUCUUGCCUUUUAGUCACCUGCAUCUGGACUGCACUUUAGAAACAAAAAGCAAAAAUGCUCAACAGCAUGACAUUAACAUAAAAGGAGUGUACACUGGCUUUGUGUAGACGUGUGUGUGUGAAUCCUGCAGACGAGUCUGGUGCACAUACAGACUUUUUGUACGAUAUAAUUUUUAUGUAUAUAAUGUCGACUUCCAUGCUGUGUCACCCCCCUUAUAAAUCCUUACAGUAGGGCUAUUUCCCCAGUCACUGUCCCUCUUGUUUGUUGUGCUCCUGUCUCUGAAGGAUGCAUGAGAGGUGAAUGAAGUUGGAGACAAACACUGUAUAAAACUCAGAGGUAGAUUUCAUGUAGUUUUGGAGCAAUAUCGAAGCGAAGCAACAAGCUGAACUACCUGAAGAGGUUCUUAUGUCCCUUUGUAAGCUGCUUGUCCAUCAGCUGUGAUAAGAAAUCCAACUCUGUCCAAUGCUCACUACAGCUGAAAGGAAAUCUCCCUUUGAACCAGCUUAAAUCUUUAUACUAAACCCUAUUUAUUAAACUGUAAGUAUUUAUUACUCUUAUUUCUCAUUCAGAUAAUGAAGUCUUGUGUGUAUUAUAUGACUCUUUUGAGAGUGUUGUAUGUUCAAGGUAAGGUUGUCAACAUGUUUGAUACUCUUUUGAUACCACAAUCUCUGUUAUUCGACUGAUCGAUAGUUUCAGAAAAGUACUGAAAUGACGUCUUAAUCACAAGAUAUGUGCGUAGGAGAGGAUUGAAUCCACUGUUGAAAUUUAGACAGGGUUCAGGAGUUUGUCUUCCAUUAUUGGUCGUUUAAAAAAUGGGGGCGCUGGUGGCGCAAUGGUUAGGGCGCGCGCCCCAUGUAUUGAGGCUGUUGUCUCAAUCGGGUGGCCCGGGUUCGCAUCCCGCCUGUGGCCCCUCUCCCGCAUGUAGUUCCCCGCUCCCUCUCCCUGGUUCCUGACUUUGUCCACUGUCCUCUCUCUCCAUUAAAGGCACAAAAAGCCCAAAAAUAAAUCUUUAAAAACAGGAAAUGAAUUGGGUGCUUGUGGACUUGUAGUUUUGUUGCCGUGGUAACCGAGCAGAUAUCCUUUGAUAUUUACUAGAAUCAAAUCGAAGUUCAAAACCCUAGCUUUUAAUUUAAAUUUGAUCUUUAUUUAAAAGUAUUUUUGGGGUCAGGAUGAAGCCACAAGAAGAUUGGGGAUUUCUUCAGCCUGGAGUCAUAAAGCAGCUUCAUUGGCCAAAAAAGUAAUCCUUGUGGUAAAUCUGCCCAAUCAGCGUACAUCCACCUAAAGUGGUUUUAAGCACAGUCAGGCUCGGUGUUAUUCUGCAAAGUCUUUUAGUUUGUUUUUGUAUUUGUGUAACUUUAGUAUGAUUAAAUUACCCUAUGAAUCUAAGGAUAUUUCUGUAAAAAAAAAAUAUGUUGUUUUUUUUUUUUGGUAGUUUUUUUGAUAACGUUAACAUAAAGGAGAUUGUGUUGUUUUAAAAUACAUGGUAUCAAAAGGUAUUGGAAACUUUAACAACCUUACCAUGGAUGGCAUGGUGUAUGAAAUACACAAUCUGAUGAUACAGCUGAUAAAAUUGGUCUUUAAUUAUUUUUGAGUUUGCAUGUUUCAUAAAAAAAAGGUGAGACGGGUUCAAUGAUAGAAGUGAGACACAGCUCAGACCUCCCUGAUCUUCUGAUCCACAUUUAAACUGUGCAAUAAGAGGGGAAGUGAUCUAACAUGGAUUUCCCAGUGAGACUAAUAUGAUGUAAUUUUAAAUGUUAGUAAUCGAUGUGUUUCUGUUCCCUGUGACGAUUGUUGUGAAUUGUAUUCUCCUGAUUUUAAACUCCUCCCCUUUACAACCAAAGGGGAUCUACAGAGACUUUAAACCACCUUUUUUUUUGUAUCCUUCCCCUUUUUUUUUUUUUACAUUUCUAUGUUGAACUUUCUUUCAAUUUACGUUGUCCCUGACUUUGAUGAUGUAUACAUCGUGUCAUACAGUUUGUAGCCCACUGAAACCCUUAAGCUUCAAUGUUACUUCAUACAGUAUCCCUCGUACUCUAGGUGUUUUCAGUCUUUAGCUCAUGUUCUGUAGAAUAGUUCAACAUCUUGUUCUCAUGUGAAAGACAUUCCUGUUUUGCUGCACAUCGCAGGAGUUACCAUCUCAAACACAUCUCAUUAUUUACUGUGUGAGGUAGCGAUAGGUGUGUGUGUGUGUGCGUGUGCGUGUGUGUGUGUGUGUGUGUGCGUGUGCGUGUGCGUGUGCGUGUGCGUGUGCGCGUGCGCGUGCGCGUGCGCGUGCGCGUGCGCGUGUGCGUUCAGGAGGGGCAGAAUUUAAAGUCAAACUCUGGGUGUCGGAUUGUUUCUGCUAUUUUUUUUUUUCUGUUUAGUUUGUUACCGGGUGAAGCCACGAGGAAAAUGUGCCAAAACUGGAGUCGACACUGACCUUUGCAGCAGAACAUUAUUUUCUUUGUAAAGAUACAACUGUACAUAUAUAUUAUGUAGAAAAAAAAAACACUUCUGGAAAUAGGAAAAUAUUUUUUUAAAGCGAAGAUCUUAAAAUGUAAAAACACUCAAAGAUUUGAGCUGAUCAUUAAUGAACCCCUGUUCAGAAACACUUGUUAUUUUACAGUCACUUGAUUACAUAAUCACAUCUGUCAUGUUGUUUCUUUAACUGGCUUACACUGAGCCAGGUUAGAACAGUAGCAGGAUUAGUCUUAGUCAUUUUACACCUUUUGGGGGGAAACAGGAAGGAGACUGACGCUGAUCUUCCAUUAACACUUAUGCACUCUGCCUCACUGACACGCUCAGUUGUUGCACUUGGUCUUAUUUAUGGAACUGUGAUGGAUUUCUACCUGAGAGCUUCAGGUGUAGAGUCCUGCAGGAGGCUGGGAUCUGAUCGAGCCGGUGGGAGGGAAAGAGGAGAUGAACUGAAAGUGCACUUUAUUAGUGAUGAGCUUCAAUGCUUUAACAUGAAGAACCACAUUUUAACACACUCAUCUUUGAGUUUUUGUUUUCUGUUCAAUAAAAUGACUAUCAACUACA